AUGGGGACUGACAGUGAAAACCCAGUGCUGAGGAACGUGCUCCUCAGCUUCAACUUGCUACUGCUGGGCACCGUCCUCAAGCCUUUCGAGUGCCGGCUGGAGGUGACAACAGAGCCAGCCGAGCGGCCGGCCGUGGAUGAGGAGGGUGGUCUUGCCAACUGCAGUCCACCCAUCAAAGAGCAGCCCAUGGUUUUCCACCACAUCUACAACAUCAACAUCCCCCUGGACAGCUGCUGCUCCUCCAUGCUCAAGCCUUCGGCCGAGGAGGUGAGUUCAGAAGACGACAGGCUGGCGGAGUACACGGAGCAGACCUCCGACAGCGAGAGCCAGGUCACCUUCACCCACAGGAUAAACUUGCCCAAGCAGGCCUGCAAGUGCUCCACCUCCCUCCCAUCCCUGCAGGAGCUGCUGAGCAGGAUUGAGAUGCUGGAGAGGGAGGUCUCCAUGCUCCGCGACCAAUGCAACUCCAAUUGCUGCCAAGAAAAUGCAGCCACAGGACGCCUGGAUUACACCCUGCCGUGCAGCGGCCACGGGAACUUCAGCCUGGAGUCGUGCCGCUGCGUCUGCAGUGAGGGCUGGGCCGGCAGCAACUGCUCGGAGCCCCGCUGCCCCCGGGGCUGCUCCAGCCGUGGUGUCUGCCUGGAGGGCCAGUGCGUCUGUGACAACGACUACGGCGGUGAGGACUGCUCCCAGCUCCGCUGCCCCGCCGGCUGCGGCGCCCGUGGGCUCUGCGUGGAUGGAGAGUGUGUCUGUGAGGAGGGCUUCGCCGGUGAGGACUGCUCCCAGCCCCGCUGCCCCCGCGACUGCUCGGGCAAGGGGUACUGCACCAACGGCACCUGUGUGUGCGUGGAGGGCUACGCUGGAGAGGACUGCGGGUGGUUGCGGUGUCCCAAUGCCUGCAGCGGACGUGGCAUCUGCCAGGAUGGCAUCUGUGUCUGCGAGGAUGGUUAUGGAGGGCAGGACUGCUCGGCAGUGGCUCCUCCCGAAAACCUGCGCGUGACGGGGAUUAGCGACGGCUCCAUCGAGCUGGCAUGGGACAGCCCCGGGGCAGCCACCGAGUACGUCAUCUCCUACCAGCCGGCAGGCCCAGGGGGCACCCAGCUCCAGCAGCGGGUGCCUGGGGACUGGAGCACCAUCACCAUCACAGAGCUGGAGCCAGGCGUUGCCUACAACGUCAGCGUCUAUGCGGUCAUCAGCGAUGUCUUGAGCAUCCCUGUUACCGCCAAGGUGAUGACCAACCUGGCCACACCGCAGGGGCUGAAGUUCAAGACCAUCACGGAGACAACCGCGGAGGUGCAGUGGGAGCCCUUCUCCUUUCCCUUCGAUGGCUGGGAGAUCAGCUUCAUCCCCAAGAACAACGAGGGCGGUGUGAUCGCCCAGCUCCCCAGCACCGUCACCACCUUCAACCAGACGGGGCUGAAGCCGGGUGAGGAGUACACCGUCACCGUGGUGGCCCUCAAGGACCAAGCCAGGAGCCCCCCUGCCUCUGACAGCGUCUCCACCCUCAUCGAUGGCCCGACGCAGAUCCUGGUGCGGGACGUCUCCGACACGGUGGCCUUUGUGGAGUGGACGCCCCCACGUGCCCGGGUGGACGCCAUCCUGCUGAAGUACGGGCUGGCGGACGGGGAGGGCGGGAGGACCACCUUCCGCCUGCAGCCCCCCCUCAGCCAGUACUCCCUGCAGGCCCUGCGCCCUGGCGCCCACUACCACCUUGCCGUCAGCGCCCUCCGGGGCACCAACGAGAGCCGGCCGGCCCUCGCCCAGUUUACCACAGAGAUUGAUGCCCCCAAGAACCUGCGGGUGGGCUCACGGACACCCGCCAGCCUUGAGCUCGCCUGGGACAACAGCGAGGCGGAGGCACACAGCUACAGGGUUGUCUACAGCACCCUAGCUGGAGAGCACUACCACGAGGUCCUGGUGCCACGGGACACCGGCCCCACCACUCGGGCCACCCUCACAGACCUGGUGCCGGGGACGGAGUAUGGCAUUGGGAUUUCAGCCGUGAUGGACAGUCAGCAGAGCGUGCCAGCGACCAUGAACGCCAGAACCGAGCUUGACAGCCCCCGGGACCUCCUGGUGACGGCCUCCACGGAGACGUCCAUCUCGCUGGCCUGGACCAAAGCCAUGGGUCCCAUUGACCACUACCGAGUCACCUUCACCCCUGCCUCAGGGAUGGCCUCCGAAGUGACGGUGUCCCCGGACAAGUCACAGCUCACCCUCUCAGAGCUGGAGCCCGGGACAGAGUACACUAUCACCAUCAUCGCCGAGAGGGGACGUCAGCAGAGCCUGGAGGCCACCGUGGAUGCUUUCACAGGGGUCCGGCCCAUCACGCAGCUGCACUUCUCCCAGCUGACGUCCUCCAGUGUGAACAUCACAUGGAGUGACCCGUCCCCACCAGCAGACCACCUGGUCCUCACCUACAGCCCCCGGGAUGAGGAGGUGGCGCAGCGGCUGGUGCUCGAUGGCACCCUCAAGCACGCCAGCCUGACGGGCUUGUGGCCGUCCACCGAAUACCUGGUGUCGCUGGUGGCCGUCCAUGGUGCAGUCAGCUCUGAGCCUGUCGUGGGCUCCAUCACGACAGGGAUGGAUGCACCGAAGGACCUUAGGGUGGGCAACAUCACCCAGGACUCCAUGAUUGUCUACUGGAGCCCUCCUGUUGCUGCUUUUGACCACUACAGAAUAUCAUACCGUGCCACUGAAGGGAGGACAGACAGCGCUGCCAUCGCUAGCGAUGCCACUGAGUACAGCCUCCACCGCCUGCAGCCCGCCACCAAGUACGAGAUUGGGGUGAAGAGCGUGCGGGGCCGAGAGGAAAGCGAGGUGGCCUCCAUCACCACGUACACAGCCAUGGAUGCCCCCUUGGGCGUCACAGCCACCAACAUCACCCCCACGGAGGCGCUGCUGCAGUGGAACCCGCCGCUGAUGGACGUGGAGAGCUACGUCCUUGUCCUCACCCGCCACGCAGUUGCAGGAGAAACAAUUCUUGUGGAUGGGACCAACCAGGAGUACCAGCUGACCAACCUUCUGCCCAGCACCACCUACACAGUCGUUAUGUAUGCCACCAACGGGCCCCUCACCAGCCAGACCAUCAGCACCAACUUCACAACUCUUUUGGAUCCUCCGAGCAACCUGACUGCAAGCGAAGUCACUCGGCGGAGUGCCCUCCUCUCCUGGUUGCCUCCCGUGGGAGAGAUCGAGAACUACGUCAUGACCUACAGAUCGACCGACGGAAGCCGCAAGGAGCUGAUUGUGGAUGCUGAGGACACGUGGAUCCGCCUGGAGGGGCUUUCUGAGACCACAGAGUACAUCGUGCGCCUGCAAGCUGCCCAAAACGCCAUGCGGAGCAGCUUCAUCUCCACUACCUUCACCACAGGUGGCCGCAUCUUUGCCAACCCUCAGGACUGCGCCCAGCACCUGAUGAAUGGAGACACGCUGAGUGGCGUCUACACCAUCUCCAUCAAUGGGGACCUCAGCCAGCGGGUGCAGGUGUACUGCGACAUGACCACAGAUGGGGGCGGCUGGAUUGUUUUCCAGAGGCGGCAGAAUGGGCUGACUGAUUUCUUCCGGAAAUGGGCAGAUUACCGUGUCGGCUUCGGCAACCUGGAGGAUGAGUUUUGGCUGGGCCUGGACAACAUACACAAGAUCACGUCCCAGGGGCGCUACGAGCUGCGAAUAGACAUGAGGGAUGGUCAGGACGCAGCGUACGCCUACUAUGACAAGUUCUCCAUCGGCGACUCCCGGAGCCUCUACAAGCUCCGAAUAGGAGACUACAACGGCACUUCUGGGGACUCCCUCACCUACCACCAGGGCCGCCCCUUCUCCACCAAGGACAGGGACAACGACGUGGCUGUGACCAACUGUGCCAUGUCCUACAAGGGGGCCUGGUGGUACAAGAACUGCCAUCGAACCAACCUCAAUGGCAAGUACGGAGAGGCCCGGCACAGCCAGGGAAUUAACUGGUACCAUUGGAAAGGCCACGAGUUCUCCAUCCCCUUCGUGGAAAUGAAGAUGCGACCUUACAACCACCGUAACAUCUCUGGGAGGAAGCGACGGUCCCUACAGCUCUGA